CGGGCGGGACGCCGGCGCGCAUGCGUGGCGGCGGGCUAGUUUGACUCUGGCGGCGGCGGCGACGUCGAAAUGGCGGCGGCGGCGGCGUCUCGUCCCGGCAGUACAGAAGACAGUCUUCCAAAGGGCAUCACCCAACAGAACUCUACUCAAGAAAAUCAACCUGGCUUUGAAGAUAGAAAAAAUGUUGCAGCAUUAGAAAAUGUUUGCAGUCAGGAGAAAACGGAGGCUGGAUGUGCUUCUGAGCCAGAUAACAUUAGAUUCAGCUGUGGUAUCCAGAGUGACCCAGGAGCCAGUCACACUAAGGUGUUAGCAGAAGCUGGCAAGAGAAAAUGCAAUCUAAGUCCCAGUCCAAACGAAGGGGAUGCCAAUGGCCCCAGCCCUAAGAAAGCAUCUCUGCAGAAACUUGGUCCUUCUACUUCAUUUAACCAAUCCUUUGACCAUCUCCCUAACCCACGAGUCAUGCGUCAUUCCUUGAAUCGCUACAGUCUGAAGCUGGGCACUAAUCGCCGGAUGUCUCUGCCUCCUCUUCACAUGGAUGUUUCUGAACUAAGUAAAGCAAUCAGCCUGGACUUGCCAGAGACAGACAGAAUGGUGGAACUUCUUCACUCCAGCUUCCGGUACUCUGCCCGGAAACUUGAAUGCUCAUUAAAGCAAACUGAUGGUUUUGAUCCUGAAACUUUUGAACAGAAAGUGAACCUGCUUUCGGAAGAUCUGAACCACUGUACAAAGAAACUCAAACUAGAUGGAACUCUGCAAAAAUGCCUUGAGGACUCCCAUGGGGGCUUAGCAGAUCCAGCGCUGAAUUCCAUGGUGGCUGCCUUAAAGGAGACUACAGUCAGGUUCUCUGCAGAGGAUCAAGCCUGGGAGGAACUGCUUCUGUCUUACCAGAAAAAUGCAGAGGAUAUAUCCAGGCAGCUACAGGAGUACAAGUUGAAGCAAGUGCCAGAGGAGCCUUAUAGCUAUGCUGGGGCAUCCCAGGCCCAUGUACUUCAAGCCAAGCCAGACUACCAGAAAAUCCUGGAUUCUCAAGGAGAUGUCUUUGACUACAUGGAGCUAGCGCUGGAUAAAGUCCAUCAGAUGGUGAAGGUUUGUCAAAGUUAUAUGGAAGACGUUACACGGUAUCUUCAAAAGCUAUCAGUGCAACUCGCAUCAGGGACUUUCCAGAACUUAGAAAAUUCACCAGCCCGGAAACUGCUCAGACUUCCCGCGACAACCCUAUCUGUGAUCCAGCCUCCAGAGGGGUAGAGGUGCCUUGUUCUUCCAUUUGCAAGCUUGGGAUGCAACUCCGCAGCUGCCCACUUCUCAGCACUAUGGCCUGCUUUGGGUUUUCUGUUCUAUCUUACUUGAUCUGCACUUUAGUGGUGGUGGCAUUCUUGCCCUGCAGCGCGAAAGGAUGGGGCAGAUGAAAAUAAUGUUCUAUCCUAUUGGACAGUUCCUUGCUGGACAGUAAUACUUCCAUUCUUCCAACCAAAUAAGAAAAUCCUUCCCCUCCCCCAAUUUCAGUGAAGCACGCUACACUCAUCCUGUGUUGAUCUUAAAAGAAGAUGACAAUGGAUUUUCCAGUCACAAUCCUGACUGCAGCUGUAAACUGGUACUGGCUUUUAUUUUAUCUUUUCUAUCCCACCCCUUUUAUCGAUCCCACCCCUUCCCCCCACCCCCUGGCUCAUCCCUGUGACUGGUCCCACCGUGUCCUGACCUAUCCCGUCCCCUCCUCCCCCCAACCCCCACCCAGGCGAGUUAGUACCUCCAUUUGACCUGGUCUGUAAAGGCUUUGGCCUAGUAUGUAAACGGGAGCCAAGGUGCUGUGAGGGAAGGUUUUAUAGGUGUAGUACCAGUGUAGCCGCCGAUAGAGGGCGCUGGUUUGUAACCUGGUUCUUUUCCCAGCAUGCACUUUUGGCUGAGCGGUGCGUUCUGAAACAGGUUUUUUGGGGGGUUUUACCUGGCGGAGGUGUGACAUCUGUCUUAGCAAACUUUCCUAUAUCCUUCGGACAUUCGCAUGUGAUGUUGUGUCAAAAUUUCACCUCAGUCGGUCAAGUGGUUUUGAUGAAAAGUGGAAACACACCCACAUGUCCUUUUUACAUUUAUAUAUAUAUAUAGAUAUGAUGCCAAGGUUUUAGCCACAGAGCUAAAAUCAGAUAAAACUGUCCAAUGCUCUUUCCCCUUUCAUUCAACUUUUUAAAUCCACAGGUGCAAGUAUGUAUGUAGUCCAUAACCAGUAGGGGUGUCUUACCCAUAGAGGCUAGUGGCGCAGGGUGCCAAGUUCUAGAGGGAGCUAGGGAAGAGGCUCCCGGCAUCAGCUCGCCCACCUCCGCCAUGCCAAAGCAGCGCUGCGUCCGGAGCCUCCGCCUGCCGUGGCCAGCCUCUGCCUCCUCCUUGCCAGAGGAGCCGCCCUCCAGCCGAUGCCCACCUCCAGCCCCGCCAGCAGCGCCGUCCUCCCUUUAAAAAGGUCGACAACCCUGGGAAACCGGGGGUGGGGUGGGAUGGGGGCGCCGGAGGGAGCUUUGCACCAUGGCGCCGGAUAUGCUUAAGGAUAUGCCCUGAUAACCAGCGACAACUUACAAUUUUGUCCUAGCUCAUAAGUUGCUGAGGACUGCAGGAAAAUUUCUCCUCCCAUGUAUACUGGUGAAAGGAAAGAAGAGAAGAACAAACACACAGCAGCAACAGGCCCUUUCUUUUCUCUGCAUUUUACACCUUUGUCUAAUUCCACUCUCUUGAGGUAUUGAUUUGCUAUUGCCUGGUAGCUGGUCUAUUAUGGCCUUGUACAGUUAUUCUAGCACUUAAGUAAACAGGCUGACUGUAUAUCCUUGAAUUGCUAGUAUCGCUAGUGGCUUGUCGUGCAGAGUAUGAUUUCC